CUUGGGCUCUAUAUAAACGUCUGACGCGCGACUCGGACCGUUCUUCGUUUCCAUAACAAUACAAGUCUAUACGUACUCCCGGUGGAAGCGCGACUGCUUCGAAAAUGGCAGAAUAAAGCGUGCGGCAGCUACUUUUGCAGCGGCAACAACCCGGCAGUGCAACGGCUAAGUGCACUGGCUAUUUUUGGCAAAAUGGCGUCUCUCCCAGCAACCACCCUCAGCUUUGCUGCCGUCGACAGCAGUACCGGACCCCUCGACUCGCUAACGUCGUCAGACUCGCCUUUGGUUUUAACCGCUCUCUCACGGAUACCACUGACCAGCAGCAGCAGCGGCCAUGAUGCUCUCCCAGCUGGCCUUCGGGGACGUGGAGGCUCUGUACUCAGGGCCCUCAUCUCUGAUGGCUGACCCCAUGGGGCCCCUUCUGGACGAAGAUGAAGAAGAAGCUCUUUCUCCCUCCUCCUCCCUAGAGGGGAAGGUGCCGGCUUCGCUCUCCCUCUCUCUCUCCUCCUAUCCAUCCUCUCUGUCUCCUUAUCAGACCUUGUCGUCCUCCCCGCUCUCCUCCGCCUCCCCGCCUCCCUCCCCUGCCCCCGCCGCCCAUUCCUCCGUGUUCCUGGAAGCCAAGGCCGGGGCGGACUCGCUGUCCCUCCCCUGGCUGGGCGCCAGCGACCUGCUCGAGGCCCACGCCGGAGCAGACGAUGGCCAAGCAGACGAUGCGUUCGCUGGCAUGGACUGGAUGUCGGAGAAAAUCGACCUGAGCGAAUUUGACUUGGAUUCCCUCAUUGGCUCCUGCUCAUCCGACGAGUCCCCCAGCUCCCCUGAAGAUCUCCUGGCUUCCCUCGACUCCCACAUGGACCUGGACCUAGACUCCUUCGACGCACCCGUCCCCGUCCCCGUCCCCAGCAGCCUCGAGCUCGGCCUGUCCCUCCCAGACAUCCCCUCCCUCCCCCUGGAGCCCGCCGCUCCGUCCGGGCCGACCGCGCUCAAGAAGUCGGAGGAGGUCGUGGUCGUCGUCAAGUCCGAACCCCUGUCCCCGUCUCACCCGGCGUCCCCCCCGUCCCCGGUCUACACGCUGGAGCUGGGGAGCGAAGUGGACGUCCUGGAUGCUGAGAAAACAGCCGCACCCCCGCUCGCCGCCGCCAUCGUCCCGCACCCCCACGGGAACAUCGACGGCACCGGCCCGAUUGUGCUCUCCAUCCCCAGCCCCACCCACAUCGUGGUGUUGGUCACCAACCAGGAAGAGCCCCCCCUCCUGUCCCUGCCCCAGCAGCCCGUCAAAACCCCUCAGCCCAGCGACUCCGACAGCGACUCCGGCAUCGAGUCGGCCGCCGGCUCGCCAGCCCGCCUCCCCUCCCCCCCUCCUCCUCCCACAGCCGGUUCCUCCAGGACCAAACCUUACUCCAAACCGGAGCCCACCUCCACCUCCACCCCCACCCCCUCUCCCAAAGCCUCCAAGGUCAAGUCUGUGUCUGGCGCUCCCAAGGUGGUGGAGAAGAAACUGAAGAAGAUGGAGCAGAACAAGACGGCGGCCACCCGCUACCGGCAGAAGAAGCGGGUCGAGCAGGACCUGCUGAACGUCGAGCGCGAAGAGUUGGAAAAGAAGAACCACGAGCUGGCGGAGAAGGCGGAGUCCAUCAGCCGAGAGAUCCAGUACCUCAAGGACCUGAUGGAGGAAGUCCGCAAGCACCACCGCGGGAAGAGCAGCUCGGUGGCGUAGACGCCGAAAAGCCGUCCACGUGGUUUCCCGCCCCCCCCUGGUGCUCGCAUGCCGUGACGCGUAGGUCCAUCGUAGCGUUAGAAGAUGCGUCGUAAAGAGAUUAGAUUGGCGUGCGGCGCUGGACGGAAGGUGCCACCGGACAGAAGAGAGAGGGAAGGGUUGCAGCGAAAGUGAAAAAGCUAAUGGAUUAGUAGCUUAGAGCAGGGGGCUGGGAGGUAGUCAGGUGAAGCAUCUGUACAUGCUUGUCUCUCGGUCCCCUGUCGGGUCCCUUUGUGUUACGCCCUGUCUAGUAAAAAAAAAAAAAAAAACAAAACUAAUGUGGUACAAAGAGGCAGGGUGUAGAAAUUGUAGACUAGGCAUGUGAAUCAUGAGUCAUCCUAGCUCCCGGUAGUGUAGUAGAAUUAUAACUCAUUGACCAGAUACUCCCUCCACACUCCCAGCACCACCUCCACGUCAGGUCUGCUUCAAUAGUCUCGGUGUCAGUGCAGUGAGAUACGACUUUACCUUGCGAGCCACUCCUCUUUUUUUUUUUUUAACCCCUCCACUCCUCACCCCCCGUUUGAUCUUCUCUUAACAGCUUCAAGUCCAGAAAGGGGCCUCAGCCUAAUGAAUUAUUGAUGUUACACUGUCAGCAUUUAAAUUUUUUUUUUUUUCUUUUUGUAUAUAGGUUUGUCCUCCUUUGCUUGCCGAAAGUGUGUCUUAGCACAGGUGUUUGACUUGUAAAAAGGCUUUUUCUUUUCUUUUUUCUAAUAAAUAUCUAUCAGUGCGCAA